CGGCAUCUCAAAGCCAAUCCAAACUAGUGAAGAUGUGAAGCCAAUCCCUGACUUCUGUGACGUUUUCACGUGAGGCCCUGCGUCGCCCACCACGUCGGACCUUGGACAAACUCGUGCUUCUCCAGUGUGCGCUGAAGCUGGCUGUGGAUGCCAGAGAUCAGACCCAGUUCCAGGAUGGAGGUGGAGGUGGCAGCAUCCAGGAGCCCAAGAUUCCAGGAGCACAGAACAAUGGAACUCUUGGCUGAUCUUACUGUAAAGAGUAAGUGCAUGUUGGUUCAGUACCUGAAAAGUCUUCCCACUGGCAGGAAAUGGGUGUUGCUGCCUCACAUAUAUCUGUUGCAUGUUUAGUUCUGUCUUGGCAUCUACUUCUUGGGAGCCAUGGACUAGCUCACAUGGUAGCACAUGGAGCAUCUGGGAUGACUGCAUGACAAGCAGAUGUUAUGAGCAAGUCUCAAAGGACCUGAGGAGGAUUCAAAAGAUAAGUAACCAGGUGGUAUAAUUUUGGCUAACCAAAACUGAUGCUGUGCCUAGGAACAAAUCAAAGAUUAUUUACGAGGUGGUUAAGAGGAGCUCUAUUAGCAAUGGAAGUAUUGAUCUAAGAUAUGAAGAUACAUAAGGAUGGGAUAUGUGGUGCUUUGUCUGGUAAGUGAGGUAGAUUUACUUAUCAUCUAAAAUAAAGAAUACUCAUGUAGCAGCUGCUUUGGUGCCCUGCUUCAUCUUGCCCUCGGCCCAUCUCUGAUUUUAAUUGUGGCAAGGGUGGACAGUUCUGGGCAAGCUCAACCUUGUGACGAUAGCAUCCCUCAAGCAUGGUCCGGGAGAUAGCACCUGGACUCAAGCAAGCAUGGUCUGGGAGAAGAGUUGCCAGAUUUUAAAAAUGAAGAAGAAGGAGAGGUUUGCCUGGGUAAAUUUGAAUUUCAGAAAAAAAUGAAUAAUUUUUAGUGUAAAUAUGUCUCAGGUAAUACAUAUAAUGAAAAAGUAUUUACUAUUUACCUGAAGUCCUAAUUUAACUGGGCAUCUUGUAUUUUAUUGGCACCCUUAGCCAAGAAGGUCUCCACUUUUCUGUCGUGGAGGUUUUUUUGAAGCCACAGGAGCUUUCUCAUCCUCCACCUCAGCAGCCUAGGCUUGAAAAGGUUUUAAUGUCUGAGCACUACCCCUCAACUAAUGGAGAAUUGCAGCUAGGGGAUCAACACUCAGCACAUGUCCUUCUAACAGAGAAGGGAGCCUUCUGUCUGUUUCUGAGGUCCCUGCAAUAUCUAGUCUCUAUGUUCUGUAUCAGCAGUCUCAGGAACACAAGCCUGUACUGGCCUCUUCUCGUCUUCUCUCUCUUCCUGUUUCUUCUGCUUCCUGUGAUUGCCCUUCAAAUAAAUCUAAGUCCUUGUCUUAGGAUCCACAUUUGGAAGAAUCUAAAUUAAGACAAUGCAAUUAUGGAUAAAGGCGAGUAUAUGCAAUCUCUUCUCCCCAAUGAUUUCAAACACCCAUAAAUUUGAAAAAUAAGUUUGCCGAAAUAGAUGGUUACCUAAUUAUAUGAGGAUGUAAUUUUAGAUUCUAGUAAAUAAAAAAUUAGGCAAUUUACAUUUCAGGAAGGGACAUUUUCCUUUUUCGACUGUAAAUAAACCACAUAUUAACUUACGGUCAAAAAAUAUUCUUAUGAAAACAUUAACCCACCAGUAUGUAAAAAGUAAGCAACUAAAACUAUAAGCAAAUCUAUUUUCUAGUAUAUGCAUUUUAUUUAUUUAUUUUUAAAGAUUUUAUUUAUUUAUUCAUGAGAAACAGAGAGAGAGAGAGAGAGAGAGAGAGAGGGAGAAGCAGGCUCCAAGCAGGGAGCCUGACACGGGACUCGAUCCCGGGUCUCCAGGAUCAAGCCCUGGGCUGAAGGCGGCGCUAAACCGCUGAGCCACCCAGGCUGCCCUAGUAUAUGCAUUUUAAAGGCAAGACCAGUUUUGUUUAAAGAAGUGAUGGAAUGCGUUUGUAUGGGUAUCUGUAGUGCGUCUGGGAAGUUUGUGAUCAUGAGCUCUCAAGUACUUCUGGUCAUCAGUAUAAAUAUUGUGAUACUUUUGAAGAGUUACGUUCACUUUUGGCACUGUUUUGCAUUUCAUCACAAUUUUCCAGUACCUUUAGACCGCACGAGGUUGUGCAUAAAACAAUCAAUCAUCCCCUUUAGGCUGUUUGGCAGAGACAGCCAAUGACUUGUUCUGUCAUGAACUGAAUUCAUAUAUAUUCAUGAGGCCCAGAGAAGCACUUCAUUGUUUCAGAUUGUUUUGUUAUUUUAGAAUAAAUCAUAAAGACACCAUCCCACCCAUAGCUGGUAAAGAAAUAUUUGUCCUAUGAUCCUCACCUUUGUGGUUUGUAGUGUUUUAACUUGCACAGUUUAGCCCACAUUACAUGUUUUUUUUUUUUUUACAGUAAGUUGCAUACCUUUUUAAAAAGCACCAUGCCUGUGCUCCCUUGUAUCAGCAAAAAUGAGAAACAUCUAAAGACUGAAAUGACAUGUGUCCUAAGAGUGAUUUAAUUUUCACGAACUGAGGGACUCACGGCAGAAUGGUAAACUCCCUACAGGAUGUCUGCAUGAACUUCAGUAAGAACCACAAUAGCACUGGCAGCAUUAAAACAAUUGCUGAGAAAGCUAUUUGAACACCUCUGAUUAACAGGAGAAGAGGGCUGGAAUCUGACGACUUGGGUUGAAAUCCUGGCCUGGAUGGAUUAGCUCGUGAAACUCAGACAACGUAUUUGAUUUUUAACCCUGGGUGUUCUCAUCUCUAUAAUAUAGUCGAUGUGCUUAGCUGCAAAAAAACUGAACCCACUUUGGCUAGAUUAAACAGAAGAAGAAUUGAUGAAAGGAGACCAGGCGGCUCAAACAUUUUGGAGUACACACAGCCACAUUUUUGUUUGGAAUGAUGCAAUACCCAAGAAAGAAUGUUUUGGGGGACAAAAAUACGCUCAUCAAGAGCUUUGCAGUUUUUCCUCCAUAAGGCCAAGGCACUGGAGAGGUUCCUCUAGGCACUGGUCAUUACCAGUCAUUCCUCACUGGUUACUGCCGAGUUAUCCAUGUCCAGGCUACAUGUUCCCAUCAGCACACCCCAGCAGCAACAGCACGAUGAAUCAAGCCAGAAAUGGAGGCAGGCAUUUCAGUAACACUGGACUGGAUCGGAACACUCGAGUUCAAGUGGGUUGCCGGGAACUGCGUUCCACCAAGUACAUCUCUGAUGGCCAGUGCACCAGCAUCAGCCCUCUGAAAGAGCUGGUGUGUGCUGGCGAGUGCUUGCCCCUGCCGGUGCUCCCCAACUGGAUUGGAGGAGGCUAUGGAACAAAGUACUGGAGCCGGAGGAGCUCCCAGGAAUGGAGGUGUGUCAAUGACAAAACACGUACCCAGAGAAUCCAGCUGCAGUGCCAAGACGGCAGCACGCGCACCUACAAAAUCACAGUGGUCACUGCCUGCAAGUGCAAGAGGUACACUCGCCAGCACAACGAGUCCAGUCAUAACUUUGAGAGCAUGUCGCCUGCCAAGCCAGCCCAGCAUCCCAGAGAGCGGAAAAGAGCCAGCAAAUCCAGCAAGCACAGCCUGAGUUAGAACCCAGACUCUCAAAACCAGACUGACUAGUAACCAUCUGCUUUACAGAUUUGAUUGCUUGGAAGACUCGAGCCUGCCAUUGCUAUUUUGUUACUUGAAAAUAUAUGCUUUCUGCUUUGAUCAAACCCACCAAGCUGUCCUAAGUAUCAGGACCUUCUUUGGGAAAGUUUUUCCUUUUCAAGGUUUUCAAGAUGUAUGCAUAUCCAUGAGUGCAAUUUGCAUUUAAAUUCCAUGCAACCUAUACUUUUAAUUCCCCACGUUCUCCAAAGACUGGUGAUACUAUAUACAUCACUGAAUCCUUACUUUUUAAAACAGAAAAAGGCUUCUUGGUUACCCUCCACUCCCCAGCCCAUCCCCUACUCCCAUCUCCAACAGAACUCUUCAAAAUUAAAAAGUCAAAAAAAAAAAAAAAAUAGUUGCCAUGAAUCUUCACAGUAACACUUCAGAAAGGUGCUUUACUUUAUUUUAUUUUAUUUUAUUUGUAAUCUUCGUGGGAACAGUUCAACAGCCAUGAGUGAUUUCCUUUGAAAGAGGGCGAGAUAUUGUGACAUUUCACUUCAAAAAUAAGCCCUGUAGCUUUUUACAGUCUCAUAGUAUGAAAUUAUACCCUGCAUGCUGACCCUUGCUUAGAGUGGAAUGCCAGAAAUGCAUGGCAGCAACUAAUAAGUAAAACUGAUGAACUAUUUAUUUGUCAAUGUUAUUAUUUAAUGAGCUUUCACAUGUGAUUUUUUUCAAACUGUUAAUUUUUUUACGUUUUGAAGCUUUUCCAUGUACCUAAAUAUUUUCCUGUAUAAUUUGUGGUUGAUCUAGAAAUAUGAGAAUACAUGUUGUAGAUAUGUAAAAUAAAUAUUUUAGUCUCCUUAUUGCAUAUAUGUUUCAUCAUGAACUUUAUAGUAUGGAUCUUUUAAAAUCAGUAAGAUGCUUUGUAAAGGUGAAAUAUGUAAUACUUUUUUGUUUCAUCUGUGCAAUCAGAAGGUGAUUUAACCUUCAAAUCCAUCAGUUUCUUUUAACGAAAAUAAACACUGCUAAAAGUUAUUGUCCUUGCCUUUAA